AUUGAAAGUAAACUUGUCCCAGACCGAGACCCAGUCACUCGGCAGAGGAAAAUGUAAAGGCCCGCAAGUGAGUGGUCCUGUGACUGUGACGCAAGCGUUAGCUUGCGUUGCUGACAAGCUUCUGAUGUUGUGACUGUGGCCUUACUCAGACACUGAGAGACACAAUGGCCAGUCAGCAGGUCCCCCAUACUCCUGAUGCCAUUAGUAAAGAUGAAACAAACCUUUUAAAGUUGCUAAAGAUGGGACAUGGCAUAGCACGUUCAGUCCUGUACAAGAUCUUCCUCUGGGGAACAAUGCAGAAGGAAGAUGAAUCUGUGGAACACUAUUUACUGAAGACCCAGGGAUACUCCAAUAGUUUUUACAGAAAAUGUUUUGACCAGUAUCAACUUAAAAUGAUGUCAGAUAAAAGUAAAGAAUGUGAAUUUGAUGUAUCAACUUUAUUUAAAGUGAUCAAACAUACAUGUGGUAAACUGGAGACAUCAAUUGAUGUUUGGACAACAGAGAAUGAUACCAGAUUAGAAUGGCUUGUAACAGCAAUCAAAAACUUUCGCAAUGAUCACAGUCAUAAAUUUGUUGGAGUUUCAUUGGAAACGUUAAUCUUACAAUCCAUGCACUUGAAGAAUUUGCUGAGGGGAGCUUUAAAGGUGGCUGGAAAUCUGUAUGGCAAGUCUGAUGAAGUUGACCAAGAAGUGAAAAAAAUGGAGGAUGAUAUUGAAACUGUCAGGGACCAGCAUUUAAUAGCAUCAGAUAUCAGUAGUUAUGAAGCAGUUUUAGAGAAUGAAAAGCUAAAACAUUUCUUGAAAAUAGAAGGUGCUAAAGAAUUAAGGGAAAAAUAUGAGGAUCUGUGCCAACUCAAUCCUGUUUAUUUCUUAGAAAGUAAGGGAGCGCUUCUUGAUGUCAGUAUGGUCUUCACACAAAUUGAAGUUGAAAAUGCUGGACAAAAGGCAAAAGGUUUUCGUGUUCCAUGUCAUGAGAUUCUGACAUUUUGCAGGGACAAUACUACAGUAAAGCGUAAAACUAAAGUCCAGAGUCCUGAAGUAUAUCUUAUUGAGGGCCCAGCAGGAGCUGGCAAAACAACCCUGAUGAAGUAUUUGAAGUCUGUGUGGUUGAAUAAGAAUGAAUCCAUACUAGGUCUUAAUGAUUAUGAUCUCCUCUUGUUUAUGGAGUGCAGGAACCCGUCACUUUCAUCUUUUUCCCAACUUCUUUGUCAGUUGAUGCCAAAGACAAAUGCCACAUAUUUUAGAGAAGGUGAACUUUUGAAAUUCACUCUUAAUCUGAAGACACUUGUUUUAGUAGAUGGACUAGAUGAACUGAAUUCCCAUUCAGAAAAAUUGUUUUUAGAUAUAAUAAAUCAAAACAAUAAAAAUCUAGUAGUAUUAUGUACAUCACGCCCAGAAAAGGCAAGGCAUUUUAAGAUGCAUGUGCCUCCCACAUUUCAUACUGCACACCUCAAGAUAAUCGGUAUUGCUGAUAACAAAAAGGAAGAAUUUGUCAGGAAGUAUCAUGAAGAAAUGUGGAAGCAUGGCAGGAGCAAGCAGGAUACAGAAAAUCUCAUUAGUUAUAUGAAGAACUCUGAAUCUCAUCUCAAGAAUCACUACCGACUGCCCCUUAACUUAGUAUUACUCACAUGGCUCUGGGCUGAUGACCCCUGUGCAGUGACUCCUGUAACAACCUCUUGUGAAUUGUACAUACAGACACACAAUCUCAUGAAAAAAAAACUUUUGGAAAGACUAACUCAUCAUGAAGAUGCUUGUGAUAUUAAUCUUCAAGACUUGGAGGAAAAAAUUAAAGAUGUUAUGUGUAGUAUUUAUAAAGCAGCUCUGCUAUCUCUAAAUAAAGAUGCAAUUGAAUAUCUAUUACCUGAGACUGUGGAUCAAAUCAAGGCCACUUGUAAAGCUAACAGCUUACCUCCCAGAGAGACUCUGUCUGCCUUUUUUGUAAUUAAGGUUGUAGAAGGAGAGGAAAAAGUGAGUAUACCACACAAACUCCUUCAUGACUUUUAUGCAGCACAGUGUAUAGUGCAGAAUUUAUUCAGUGAAAACCAAAAAAGUAAAAACCAGUCUCUUGUACAAAAGCUUGCUGUGUUUUUGAGCAUGGAGAAUGUUGAUCCUGUAAUAAAACAGGCUGUUCUUAGUAAUGCUUCAGCAGAAAUAUCAUUGAUCUCUACAGCUCCAAAGCCAGGCUCCCUGAAAGCUUUAAUUGAUGAUCUUUGCACCACAGAGUCUGGAAAAAUUAAUAAAUACCAGAGUAUGUUACUGCAUGUGGCAGGAAUAAUUUAUGCCUUACAUGGCCCUGAAGUUCAAGAAUGGCUUGCUAUGGAAAUUGUUGAAUUGCUGAGAGAGUCAGAACUGGGUGUAAGAGAUGACAAUCAAUGGUUUGACUUGUGUGAACUGACAAAAAAUGAUCCAGUUGUCAUCAGCCACAUAUCUAAACACAUAUCAAAAAGUAUAACUAUUACUGACAAACGUAUAGAAGCAGCUCUUCUCAUGUUGCAAGAAGCAAAACCCAAAGAAAUCUCUGUCAGUAUUUCCAGAAAAACUAAGGAUAUUCCAGAAUUACAAGAUUUAAUGACUAGAAUUGCAGACUGUGAAUCUCAGCUAGAUUUGGCUUUUUGGCUGGACUUCUGGGAGCCUGACUCCUUACCAGGCAAUGAUCAACAAGUGCGGAUUAUCUCAAAAAGAUGCAGUCUUGGGAAGGUGGUUUGUCAUGUUAGUGGAAGUGUCCUGGCUGAGAUGCAAGGAUCAAGUGUCUAUCUGAAUUUGGCCAUGACCAGUGACCUGGCUGCACAAGAAGUCAUGGACCAGCUUUGCAACUUGAAGCCAAACUUUAACCUUGAUGGACUAUGCCUGCAUUUAACAACAAAUGUGUCCCCAGGAGUCUUGAAGAAGAUGGUGGGCAUUGGCAUGUUGUGCUUAGUUGUGAGUGGAGUGCAAGAUUCCAGCAUCAAGACUGUAUGUGAGAUGGCAAAGGCUAUCAUGCCUCAGAACUCCAUCUUGAUGGAUCUCCGAUUUCCGCAAGCUGAAGUCACGUAUGAUGGAUGGUAUGACCUAUUGAAGAACGUGAAGAAAGCUCAAAUAGGUGUUGCCCAUAUAUCCAUCCCUGAGGAAGUUGUAUUGCUGCAGAAAGAGCAUGAUUUCCUUGAAAAUUUUGCUCAUAAAAAAUUAUGUAUAAGAUGUGCCUUUCGCAGACUUGGGAAGGAGCAAAUGCGGGAGGCAUCAUUUUCUGACAAUUAACAAGACUGGAGAUGACUGAUGGAAUUGAAGUUGGUAAGUUGAGGAAUAGUCUGGAAGCAAAGAUUUCAAGUAAAGGGUAAAGUGUGAUUGGAAAGAUUCACUGCUUUUAUGGAAUCAAAGGAUGUGAAAGGAGACAAAGCCAUUUUGUCUCUGCUUGAUCCAGGAUUGGAGCAAGAGGCCUGAAUGUAUUCAUCUGCUAUUAUAUUAAUUUCUUUUCCAUGUUCAUAUUAGCUUACAGUAUGCUGUAUAUGCAUGAAGUAUUUAUAUAUUGUUUCUCAUUACAAAAAGAUCUGGUACAAUGUUGACUGACAGGUUGCUAAAGUGUGAUGGUGAAGCCUUCACUCCCCAUGGCUGAUUAUAGUACAAAAUAUGUAGCAUCAUGAAAGUGAGAAACCAAGCAAAUACAGUGGCACCUUGGUUACCAAACGUCUCCCUUUCUGAACAACUUUGUUUUUGAACAAAAAUUUUAACUCAUAAUUGCUUUGAUUGCUAUACCAUAAUUUGGUUUUUGAACAAAGUUACUUGAUUUCAAAUACUACAAGACGUAGAAAAGCUGCCAUUUAUUACUUAUUUAUAGUUUUUAUAAAUAUUUCCUUAAUUUUUAUAUAUUUGGAGGAGAGAGACAGAGAGUAAGACAGUAAUUCAAUCUUUGAAAUAAGUUAAAUGUGAUCCUGUUGAAGAACCUUGAUGUACACAAAUAAGGUUCAGCACUCAGGAGUAAUACUGAGCCUCUUGUGGCUCUCUCUCUGACCCACAACACCAUCAUUACCGCACAAUUGCAUUUUCCUAGUAGCUUUUCCCAGCAGCAAGAUGUCUAAGUGUUAUGAUCACCUUCAUUUUGGUGGUGAUUGGGUUGCUCCUCUCUGUCUCUGUAAGGCUUCUCUCAUUUGAAAAGUGACCAAGAGAAUGCCUGCAUGGUCUAAACAAUAUCUUUUGAUGAGUUCUGGGUCACUUAGUUCAUUCAAUACAUCCUUUCUGGAUAAAAAUUUCUAAGCUGAAGAUGUUGUGGAGCGGCCAUCUUAACAGUGGGAGAGUUGGUCAUUGCCUGGUGGACGGGUGUCUGAGAACGGACUAAUCUGUUUAACAUUGAUUGCUAUGGGGAAAGUAGUUUCAGUUUUCAAACAUUUUGGAUUUCAAACAACAUUCAGGAAUUAAUUAAGUUUGAAAACCAAGAUUCCACUGUAUAUGUAUGUUAAUGCAACACUGGGCAGUGGAAAUAUAAAGGCACAGAGGAUAAAAGUUACUACAGUUUCAGUCCUUCCAGAUACACUGGGAAACAAUCAUUGUUCAUUGAACACAGAAAUAAUGGAAGUAGGGAGAAAAAACAAGAUAAAUUCAUGUAUAUAGAAGAUUCCUUCCUCAUUCAGCAUCAUGUGACAUAUAGCUGGGAGCAAAAUGCUAGUUCUUGCUAGUGGACUGAACUGCUCUGAAAUAUGUGGCUUCAUCUCUGGGCUCAAUUGUACCUUUAAUUUUGAUAUUGACUGUGAGAAAAUGAUAUUCAGUGUUUGAUAAGCUAAGCAUUAAUCAAAAACAAAAUAAAGAAAACAAAACUAGAUAUAUACUGUCCAUCAGAUCUUUAUGUGAAAUUAUAUUUUUACGAAUAACAGAUUUGAUGUCCAAAAUAAAUUUAAACAUGUAGAGGCAUCUAUUUUUCUAUAAGUAUAUUUUUGUGCCAAUAAAUCUUUUAAAUAUAUUCUUGUAUAUUC